UUUAUUUUUUCAUCCGUCUGUCAAUAUUUUUUGAUGUUAGCAAAUAAUGACGAUUGAAACAUGUUAUUAAAAAUGUCAUUUCUAACAGUUCCUGUAACCGAUAAUUUUACAUACACCAUCCUGUACCUAUUUUAAAGAAAUAAACACCAGGAAACGCGCAAAAAUCGACUCGAAAGCACAUGGAUAAUAAUUUGUGAUUGCGAUCGUCAAAUUUUGACAGAUGUUUAUUUUCCGAUUGUCAAAUUUUGACAGAUUUUUUUUUUGCGAUCAUCACAUUUUGACGGACAUUACUCAUUCAUUCGUCAGAAUUUGACAGAAAUUCUUUUGCUAUCGUUAUAAUAUGACAGACGGUCAUUUUUUCUAACAGACUUAAAGAAAUAAAUGGUCAAAACGAUAUUCACUUUUGACAAAUUUGAUGGUACUUCAAACAAUCUGAAAGUAAAUGGAAUGUGCGUAAUUAUAAUAAUGUAAAUACCCUGCAUUGGACAGUUGGAUACCAUGAAUCGACGAAACUUGUGGAGGGGAACCAGAAUUAAAUAUGAUAAAAAAUACAUCAAGCCUUCAAGGCAAUUUGGAAUACUUAAUUAAAAUGUUGGGUUCCAAAAUGCCUAAAAUAAAUAAAGUUGUAGGGUUGAUUGAUUGAUGAGAUGAAACACCACGUUCUACACAUAUAUAAAAAUAAGAUGUGGUAUGAUUGCCAAUGAGACAACUCUAGACUGGUCAGAGACCAACAUUCUACACCUGCAUAUAUUUUUUAGGUAGUUCUUUGACAUGGGGGAUCAAGUUAAAAGUAAAUCUGCUCAAUAUAGGAAAAAACUUAAAGAAGAAAAUCCUCUAAAAUAUUCAGAAUAUCUGGGAAAACAACGUGAAAGAGCCAAAAAGAAUAGAGAAAAUCUAAAAAAAGAAUUGAAGAAAAAAAAACCAUCUGAUGAAGCAAAAAAACAAAAACAUCGACAAUUAGAACAACAAAGGCAAAGGCAAACUCAGUACAUAGAAAGAAAGAAAUCAGAGAAUGUAAACUGGAAACCAAAGAAAAAAGAGAAAGUCACUGAUACGCAAACCAGGAAUGCAAUAAAAAGUCGUCAGCAAUACAAUAGAGAUAAAAAAAGAUUAGAAAGGAGUAAUAUGUCAUACCAGAAAAUUAUGUGGAUCCGAAAAAAAGACAGAGAAAAGAAAGCUGCAAAAAGAAAACAGAAAAGGGAAGACGCUGAUUCAAAGAUCAAUAAAAAAGGCAAACUCAUGCAAGAUCAGCAUGGAAAUGCAUUCAGUUCAAAACAAACUGAAUGGAAUGUAACAACAAAGAUAAGGACUGCAUUGCCUAAUACACCUGUAAAAUUUGCCAAAAUUGUCAAGAAUUUAGUGGAAAACGCCACACCAAUGAAGAGAAGAUCUAUGGAAAAAAUAGGUAUCAAAUCUGGUAAAAUUAGAUUAAAUGGCAUACCUACAGACAUCAAGGCAUCUUCAGAAGGCAAAAGUGCCCUCAAAACAAUUGCAAAGUCCCUUGUUCAUGAAAGCAAAAGAUUUUUGAGUAAACAAUUGGCACUUAAUAGGAGAACAAUCACCAGAGUUAUUUCAAAGAUGGGGAAACAGAAAGGUACCACAGUGGGUAAAGAGGGUAUACAGAACUUUUACAAAAGAGAAGAUAUCGCAAGGAUACUACCACAAAAAAGAUUUGCUACCAAAGAUGGCCCUGGGUAUGGUAUGCAAAUUUCCGUGAAAGCAGCUCAUUCAAAAUACUUGGCAGAAAAUCAUGCAAAGCCUGUAAGUCUUGGAAAAUUUGCAGCUCUACGGCCUAAAAAUGUACGUAAACUUGCAGCCAGUCACAGGGAGUAUUGUGCCUGUGUUUACUGUGUCAACAUUAGAUACAAACUGUUGGUAUUGAGCAGGACAGUGAAAGAUUCCAGCAAAAAGAAAACGUGUGAAAAGGAUAUUUUGGAUAUACUGUUGUGCAACAAAUCAGACAACGAACACUUUCAUAAGUGCCAGUGUAUUAAUGGUGAAUGUUCAAUAUGUAAUAACUACAAUAGGAAACUCCAGCUGUUUUACAACGAAAUCCCUGAAAAUAAAGUAAUGAAGUGGAGUAGAUGGGAAAAAUCAACAGACAUCGUAACCAAAAAAGUAAAGAGAAUUAUAGUAACUAAGUCUGGAAAUAAGGGUACAUUAUUGAAAGAAAUGGUAGAAGAAGACAUCAUGAAGCCAGCACAAGGAACAACCUUUAUCAAACACCUGCAUAAUGCGCAAUGGCAAAAUAAACAAUUCAGCACAUUAAAAAAUACUUUGCCACCGAACUGGACACUACAAAUAAUGGACUUUGCGAAAAAUAGAGGAGUAAUUUAUCAGAACGAGAUUAAAUCAGCCUUUUUCUCCCCAGAGCAAAUAACAAUGCAUCCCAUAGUAACUUACUAUCAAAGUGAAGUUGGAUUGGUGAGAGACUCAGCAAUUAUAAUUUCUGAAGAUUGUAUACACGAUUAUCAUGCAGUUAGGCACUUCACUGCUAUUGUAGAUAGACACAUUGAGGGUAAAACUGGGAAUGUCCCAACUCGAAAAGUAAUCUUCUCUGAUGGCUGCAGUAGUCAAUAUAAGUCUAAAGGCCCGUUUGCAGAUUUAUCUUUGGAAAACUCUGUUGAAAUCAACAGAAAUUUCUUUGGUUCAGAACAUGGGAAGUCAGAUUCAGAUGCUGAAACAGGAGUUGUUAAUAGAGCUGUUGAUAGAGCGAUUAUAGGGAACCAGGUGAUCAUUAACAACAGUAAAGAUAUGUUCAAUUACUGCAAAACUAACCUUGAAUUGAACGAGAAUCUGGGAAAAAGAAGUUUCUUUUUUGUAAAGAAUGGAGACAUAAACAGAAAUAGACCAGAAACAGAGGUGAAACCUGUACCUAAUACUCGAAAGAUUCACCAAGUAUUAAACAUUAAAGAUGAGCGAUAUACUUUACAGAGUAGAACCCUAUCAUGUUUUUGUCAGUAUUGCAGACAAAAAGACUACCAAAAUUGUCUUAACAGGGAAUACGUGUCAGAAUUUACUUUACAAACUUUAACAUGUUUGAAAAAAAAUGAAGAAAAAAAUAUAGCAAAACCCAAACCUCUCAGUGCUUCAUCAGAUAAUUUAGAAAAAAAGAAAAAGGUGCCACAGAAAAUGAAAAAUGAAAUGAAAGAUAAUAAAACAACAAAACAACCACUGAAAAAGCCAACUGGAAACAUGAAGAAGAAAGAUGGAGUCCAAAAGAAAGAUAUCCUUCAGAAGAAACAAAAUCCCUUGAAAACAAACAACUCUGAUAUAAAAACACAAUGUGACAACACUGAAAUUAAAACCACUGGAAAAGUUCAAAAUAAUGUGAGGGAACAUAUAUCAGAUAGGGAUGCUUUAUUCAUACAAUUGCAAUACAAAUUGAUAAAUUGUUCAUCCUUUGAUGAAUUCCAAGCUGAAUGCCUAAAUUCACUAACACUCAUAGAGGGCUUUGAAGUAAAUGUCAAUCACCAUAUUUCAAUUCUGAACCUCCGAUGUGGAAUAGAUAAGGCAGCAUUGCAACUUUUGGGAGAAGAAUUUUUAGCAGUAAAUAUGUACCCAAUAGAAGUUUAUGGUGAUGGAAAUUGCUUACCCCGAUGUGGUGCAGUAUUUACUGGCUUGCACCAUAUUGAAUUGCGGGUAAGAAUAGCAAUAGAAGGCAUUGCCUUUGAGCAUUUAUACAUGGAUAACAAAUUUCUAAACAAGGGUUCCAGGCACAUAUCUGGCAAAAACCAUACAUCUUUGUAUGCUCAGUACUCUGAUGAAUUUGAUCCAUCUGCAGUCUUAACACCAGCUGUUGAAAGAAGGGUAUAUCGCAAAGAACUCAUGGAAAUAAUAAAACCAGGCAGGUACAUGGGGAUUUGGCAGAUGUUUUGUUUGGCAUCUGUUUUAAAAUCAAAAGUCAGAUCAGUGUAUCCCCUUUAUGGCAGUGGAAUGGUUCGAGAAGAUCUGAACCGCAUCAUUUUCCCAAGAGAUAUUGGGGUUAGUCUUGAGAAUGAAAUCUGUAUUAUGUGGUCUCACAUACAUGGCUGCAAUAUUGAUAGAAACUUGUGGAGACCAAAUCAUUUUGUGGUAAUACUACCAAUGGACAACUCAACUCAGGAAAUUGAUGUUGUGAUGGACUCGGAGUCAGAAUCUGAAGAAAACUGGAAUGUUGGAGUGUCUGAAAUCCUGGACCAUCUGGAGGAUAUUGAAGGCAAACCAUUGCUUGAUAUUAGCCUUGAAUUCUCAGCACUGGACACGUUUCUCCAAACUGCAGACAAAAGAGAAGAAGAGCAGGUCAUACUAGACGAACUUAUAGUGGAUAAAGCACCAUCCACUCCAUGCAGCAGAGCAGGAAGGCAUCAUGAAAACACAGAAGAGUCAAACAUUGUUACAGAAAACAAUGUUCAAGAUGUUCCAACAAGAUUUCUGAAUGGCCAUGGAUACAUUAUUACAAAUACUAUAAAGAAGGAAAAUGGAUGGAUGGACAGACACUGUAUACUGUUGCUGCCACGGAUGUUCUCAGAACUGUGGACCCGCCUGAUAUUAAAAUGGAAGGCCGUCACCUGUUCUACAUAUUCAGUGGUGAUGUUUUCAAGAAUGGGCCUCAGAAGAUCUUGGACUAACUACAGGAACUAUGAAGAAAACAAAUUUCUGUCAAUGAUUUUUGUUAUAAUGAUAUUAUUAAAUUGGAUUCAAUGCAAACUGUGUAGAUCUUGUUCUGAAAAAAAAAUUAGAAUAUAUGUAUUAUUGGCUAAAAACUUGCGACUGCUUGAUAUUUAUUUUAGUUACCAGUGAUUGUGAGGAAGAUUUGACCGAAACAUUUAACAAGCUUUUUCAGACCAGGUGCUCUUUUCCCAAAAAGUCUUACGACUAAAAUUGAUUGCAAGUUAUACUGAAAUGUUCACGACUUACGAGUACUUUUUCUCGUAAGAUUUUUUGUGAAAUGAGUUGCAGAAACUUCUUUAUUAAUACUAGCAAAUUAAGUUAUUUUAUUCAAUGAUAUAAAACAAAAACAAAAACCGAAAUAGAUACAUGGAUAAGCAAUGAAAUAUAGCAUAAGUAUAAUAAAUAUAAUGGCCAAUCAUCUAUGGACAUCAUCACUAAUUGGUUGUCUGCUAUGGGAUGCCUGUGUCCAGAAUGACAUCAAACUUUCUCCAAUUUUUGUAGAUAUAUGUUCCUAAAAAUGACCUUCAUGAGAAAAAAGGGGAGUGUCUUGCAAGAAGCAGACCCUGCUUAACCUUCCAGAGCACCUGAGGCCAUCCCGUUUUUACAGGGUCUUUGUCUUUAGUUCUUUAGUGUUGAGUGUCAAUUGGUUGUUGUUGUAUAUGUUUAUUGUCCCUGAGAUUGUCUUUGUCCUUUGUUUUUCCUUCUUUUUUGAUUGAUUGAUUGCUGAUUGCUUUACUCCCCAUCAGCACAACCUUCUUUUUGACCCUUUGGCUGUGUACCCUUCCUUAAUUGGUUUCAUUUUACUUAUUAUACCAUUAAAUACUUGUUUGAUCUUAACAGGAGGUGUCUGUUUCUGUCAAAACUUCAUGUUGGCAAAUCGAUAGCAUGAUUUUAUUAGAAUUGUUGGUACAUGUAUCAAAUAGCUUUCUGUCAAAUUUUAUGCUUGCAAAUAGCAUAAAUUUGUAAAACUUUUAUGUUAGCAAAGGGCAUUCCCUCAAAUAUUUAUGUUAGCAAAUAUCAAUAUGUCCACAUUUUAUGUUAGUGAAUAUUGUUCUGUCAAAACUUUAUGUUAGCAAAAAAUAUUCCGUCAGAAUUUUAUGUUAGCAACUAAUAGUCUGUCAAAUGCUGACAUUAGCACUACAUUUGUCAGUCAAAAAAUGACAUUAGCAAAAUACAAAAAUCUAUUUUUUUCUCUUGUAAUAAAAUCUCUAUGUAUGAUGCAUUGUUAUAUAGCUUAUCUAUAGAAGUAAAAAACAACUAAACUCAACUUUAAGCAAAACUAUCAGAGUUUUAUGGCAUAAAUAUUUAUUUAUAUUUGUUGCUAAUGUCAUAAAUUCCGUCAAAAUGUCUGUCAAAAAUGACAUUAGGAACAAUUUUUUUUAAAUUGUUUAAUAAAAGAUUAUUAUAAGGGGAAUAAACUUUCUUUUUGCAUAUUUUGAUUGUGUACCUUAUUUUCUACUAAUUUGCCAAAAAAGCUAGUAGAAAAGAGUUAACAAAAAAAAAUAUUUUCAAGGUAGUUGUUGGUGCACUUUUAAAUGGAAGAUGUCACUUGCAAGUAUCAUUUUCAUUAGAUAAUAAGCUAUUUUUAUUAAAGGAUAUUUUUCAUUACAUUA